AUAUUGCAAAUUUGGAAUACGUAAUUGUACAGAACAUUUUGAAAGUUUCCAAAUCACGUGCUAGAAAAUAGAAACAAAAACAAAAAAAGAAAAAAACGAGAGUGAAGGUGCACCUAAUAAUCUUUUUAACUUACUGGUGGUACACAGGUAUUCUCCCAAACUCGUCGACCUGUACAUAGAAUUGCACAUCGUAUUAAACUGCAGCUUUCUCUGUUCUCAAAAAAUAUAUUCCAAAUGGAAACCAAUAUCUUCAUCGAUUUUUAUGCUUUGGUGAUGUCUCUCCCAAUCUUGUUGGUACUCUGUAAAGCAGCAGACACGGUAACUAAAACACACUCCAUCACAGACGGCACAACUUUAGUUUCUUCAGGCCAAAGAUUUGAGCUCGGCUUCUUCUCCCCUGGCAGCUCCAAGAACAGGUAUUUAGGAAUAUGGUACAAGACUGCCCCUGAUGUUGUUGUCUGGGUUGCAAACAGAAAUAACCCAUUUCACGAUUCAUCUGGGAAAUUGGUCAUCACCGACCAUGGAAACCUUCUUCUUCUCAACCAGACGAGGAGUGUCAUUUGGUCCACAAACACAUCGUGGGUCGCCAAGGAACCAAUUGCUCUGCUUUUGGAUUCAGGAAACUUUGUAGUUGGAGAGAAAAACAAGAUCACAAGCUCUGAGAUUUUUGUAUGGCAGAGCUUCGAUUAUCCAUCAAACACACUAUCAGGGAUGAAGAUCGGAUGGAACAGAAAGACAGGUCUAGAAGGGUAUUUAACAUCGUGGAAAAGCGAUGAUGACCCAUCAGACGGCGAUUUCACUUACAGGAUGGACAACAAAGGGCCACCCCAGAUGAUGGUCACGAUGGGACAGACAAGGAUGUUUCGGACAGGAACAUGGAAUGGUGUUCGAUUCAGUGGUCUACCUGCUGUGUCCGAUGUGGUGUUCAAAUCGACUGUCGUAUUCAACGACAACGAGUCGUAUUACAUGGCACUGCCCAACAUUGCAGACACUGUUAUUACACGCAUGACGCUGAAUUCUUCAGGUUUGGCUCAGCGAUUCAUAUUGCGAAACGGUGAAACCGAUUGGGCUAUUAUGUAUUCACAGCCUUAUGAGCCAUGUGAUAGUUAUGGACAUUGUGGACCAAAUGGUAUUUGUAGGAUAAACAGAAUGCCCAUAUGUGAGUGUUUGGAAGGCUUUACACCGAGGAAUCCAGAAGAGUGGAAAAUUCUGAGUUGGUCCAGGGAAUGUGUGAGAAAAAACCCGUUGACUUGCCAGAAAGGAGAAGGGUUUGUAAAGCUUGUGGGUGUGAAAUUGCCUGACUUAUUGGAGUUUUGGUCGAACCAGAAUAUGAGCCUCCGAGAAUGUAAAGAGAUGUGCUUGAAGAAUUGUCCGUGUAAAGCUUAUGCUAAUUCUGAUAUAAGAGAAGGAGGCAAUGGGUGUAUGAUGUGGUUUGGUGACUUUAUUGAUGUCCGGGAGUUGAGCAUAAAAGGCAGUGAAGAUAGUAUUUACAUUCGCGUGUCUGCUUCGGACAUGAAAACAAUCCGUGAAGCGAAUGCAAAAUCAAGACUAAAGAAGAUCCUAGUGAAUUCAUUAUCCGUUGUGUGUAUUUUUUGCCUGGUCUUCUGCUCCGUAUAUGGGAAAAUAAGAAAAAAGAUAAGAGGUUUUAGAAGACAGAAAGAAGAUAUAGAAUUACCUUUAUUUGAUUUGGCUACUGUUGCUUCUGCUACAAAAAACUUCUCUCCCGAGCGUAUGAUUGGUGCAGGCGGCUUUGGUUCUGUUUACAAGGGGAACCUCUCAACAGGACAAGAAAUAGCUGUGAAGAGACUGGCCCAGAAUUCAGGACAGGGUCUUAAAGAGUUUAUGAAUGAAGUAGACUUGAUUGGAAAGCUUCAACAUCGAAAUCUCGUUGCACUUUUGGGCUGUUGUAUUGAAAGAAAAGAGAGGAUCUUAAUCUACGAGUUUAUGCCCAAUGAAAGCUUAGAUCAUUUUAUCUUUGAUAAUAAAAGAAGCACCAUCUUAUGUUGGGAAAAGAGAUUCAAUAUUGUACUGGGGAUUGCAAGAGGUCUUCUCUACCUCCACAGAGAUUCUAAACUUCAAAUUAUUCACAUGGAUCUUAAAGCAGGGAAUAUUUUACUGGACAAGAACUUGAAUCCUAAGAUUUCUGACUUUGGCUUAGCAAGGAUUUUUGGGGGUGAUGAAAAUGAAGCCAGAACAAGGAGAGUUGUUGGAACAUAUGGAUAUAUGUCUCCAGAAUAUGCAAUUGAUGGAAAGUUCUCUGCAAAAUCCGAUGUCUUUAGCUUUGGUGUGCUUUUGCUAGAGAUUGUGAGCGGCAAAAAGAAUAGAAGGUUCAGUCACCCUGAUCACCACCACAAUCUUCUAGGACAUGCAUGGUUGCUUUGGAAUGAAGACAGGGCCUUGGAUCUAAUGGAUGGUUGCUUCAAGGAUUCAUAUGUUGAAUCUCAAGUAUUAAGAUGCAUUCAAGUGGGUUUGAUUUGUGUUCAAAAGUUUCAAAAUGAUAGACCAACUAUGUCCUCCAUCGUUUCCAUGUUGGAAAACGAGGGAACAAUCUUGCCUCAACCUAAGCAGCCUGGUUUCUUCAUAGAAAGAAGUUCAAACGAUGAGAACUCAACACCAAAAAAUGAAGAAACCGGUUCACAAAAUUCAGUGACUAUGACAAAGCUGGAUGCAGGUAGAUAGAUAUUAAAUCAUUAACCUUCAACUUAACCUGACAUUUUUAUCCUUCCAUUAAGAAACAAGUGCAUUAUUCAAUA